CUAACUCCUAGCAAAAGAUGGACACAACCAAACCCUCGCCCAUACGUGUGUUUAUCAACAACAUAGACUCGUAUGCGUCUAAAUACAUAGCCAAGUUCUUGUCUGAAUGUGUUUUCGGGGCUCAAGCGUCUGAGGGGGACACGGAGACAGAGGAGGAGGAGCAGGACAGAUUAAUGAAAUCAGGAAGCAGCAGACACAAAGCCUUCCAGAUAGUUGGAAGUGUGUGUGAACAGUCUGAGGAAGAGAAACCACAUGUGCUGGAGGUGUACUCUAAACCUAAGAGGGAUGAACUUCUUAUAAAACUGCUGGACUGUGACGUUAUAAUCUACAACAUUACCCAGCAUGCCGAUCAGGUGGAAGAAGCCUGCUGGGCUGUUACAGCUCUCCACAGUGAAAUGGACCAUUUUCCAAGACCGAAGAUGUUCAUCCUCAUGUCCACAGUGAUGACCUGGGCCUGCAGUAAACCUGUUGAUGCUGACGAUCCUGAUCAGCCUUUUACAGAUGAGCUUUUACAGAGACGAAGAACACAUCCCAACUUCAAAGCCCACACUGACGUAGAGAAGAGGGUGGUGAAAAAGGGAAAAACUAACCGAGCUCUGUUCUCCACCUACGUGGUGGUGUCAGGACUGCAGUAUGGAAUGGGAGAGCAGCUCUUCCAUUAUUUUUUCAAGACGUCGUGGCUGGGACAAGAACGUGAAAUACCUGUAUUUGGAGACGGUUCCAACAUUGUCCCCAUGAUUCACAUCAGUGACUUAGCAUGUCUGAUUCAGAAAGUGAUUGAACAAAAGCCGGAGAUGUACUACAUGCUAGCUGUGGAUUAUUCCAACAACACCAUGGAGGACGUUGUUAAGGCAGUCUCCUCUGUACUUGGACCAGGGAAGAUCCAGAAGAAGCCACAUGAGGAAGCCUUCCUUAUAGAGGACAUGAGUGUAAUGGAGCUGGACUCCCUGACGGUGAACCUGCGGAUGGAGUCAGUCCACCUGAAGGACCAUCUGUCCAUUCCCUGGCUGUGUGAAGCAGGUCUGGUAGAAAACAUAGACCUGGUGGUGGAGGAGUACCGGCGGACCCGAGGACUGCUGCCCAUCCAUCUGUGUGUCCUGGGUCCUCCAGCAGUGGGGAAAAGUACAGUGUCCAAGCAGAUCUGUGAACACUACAAACUCCAUCACAUCAGACUGAAGCCCACCAUCUCUGAGGCCAUCGCAAAACUGGAGGAGGCAGUGAAAAACACUGAUUCGAAUGCAGAGAAUGAGGACUCUGCAGAAGCCCAGGAGCUGCUGAACAACAUACGAGAGAGUAUGGAGCAGAAUGGAGGCCUGUUGGAUGACCAGCUGUUGGUGAAGGUGGUGAAGGAUAAGCUGAUGUCUAACCCCUGUAGAAACCAGGGUUUUGUCCUGGAUGGUUUUCCUAAAACCUAUGAACAAGCCAAAGAGCUUUUUGACUCUGAGGAAGGUGAAGAAGAGGAUGGAACAUCAUCAGACAAGAGCAUCCUUCCAGAGUUUGUGUUUUUCCUGGAUUCAUCUGACACGUUCUUGAAGGAUCGGGUGAUGAACUUGCCGGAGAAGUUAGUGGAGGAGAACAACUAUCACCAGGAACACUUCCUGCAAAGACUGGCAAGAUACAGAGAGAAUAAUAUGCAAGAUGAAACUGUAGCCACUUUCUUUGACGAGGUGGACAUCACUCCUCUGUACAUGGAAAUCACCAGCAGCGGUGAACCAGACUGUCUGCUCCUGAUCCAGAAGAUCUUGGACACGGUUGGCCAGCCCAGAAACUACGGCACCAGUAUCCAGGAGGUGAAAGAGGAGGAGAAAAAGAGGACUGAGAGGAGGAUGAGGCAGGAGGCUCAGGAGAAGGCAGAGGAGGAGCAGAGGGAGACGAAGGAGGCCCAGCAGAGGGCUCAGAGAUGGGAGGAAUGGACCAAGCAGUUGCAGGAGGUUCGACAGCAGGAAGAGGAUCUGCUGGAGGCCCAGUCCGCCCCGAUGAGGAACUACCUGAUGAACCACAUCAUGCCCACUCUGACCCAGGGCCUGAUGGAAUGUUGCACAGUCCAACCACAGGAUCCAGUGGACUUCCUGGCAGAGUACUUGAUCAAGAACAACCCCUUAAACUGCUGAAAUUAAAGGU